CCGUUUAUUUAUAAGGACCGCUGUACCAGGCAUUGGCAUCACACUCCAUCUCCUCACAUCCCGAGUUACACAUCGACCACAGGUUGAAGUUUGCAGAUUCGUUGUAGACAACGCAAGAAGAAAUCACCAAACACGAAAUGGCUUCUUUCAAGUAUCUGAUAUUCAUCGCCUUGGCCGUGUACUCCGUUUCCGCCGAAGAAGGAGUGAGAGCAAAGAAACACGCCUACAUCGCCGCUGCCCCAGCUCCGAUUUUGAGUUACUCUGCCUCUGCCCCUGGAUCGUUCUCAUACGCUAGUUACACCGGUUACCCGUACAGCUAUCCAGCAACUGCAGCCGCAUACCGCGUGCCCGCCGCAUACCCAGCAGCGGCGUACCCAGCAACGGCUUAUGCUGCCGCCGCAUACCCGAUCUACCACGAAGAUGACGGCCAAUACUGGCCUGGCAAAUACGAAAAGUCUUACGUCCCAGCCUACAAGGCCGCAUACCAGAGCUACCCCGAAGACGAUGGCAAAUACUGGCCUGGCAAAUACGAAAAGGCUUACGUCCCAGCCUACAAGGCCGCAUACCCGAUCGCCUACCACUAUUGAAAACUCUCACCACAAUGAUUCUCAACCUCCCUUCAAAACAAUCGUAGUUCUUCCAUAAGACUUUUAACAAUAAAAACGUGAUCUUAAUUUUUUUCUCAA